GUUAGGCUACAGUUCAGUGAACUAACUGUACUAGUAUCAUUUAAAUAAUUUAAAUUUGAUUCAUUUAACAGACGCUUUUAUCCAAAGCGACAUACUGUACACUAGGCUAGCGCCUAUAGAAGAACAGUAGUGUUUCUAGCAUAAUGCUAAGCUACCACCACAUCGGACAUUGAGAUCGAUCCAACCGCCAGCUAGCUGCUUAUUUUAAGUGUGAAAUACUGGUAUCAUUUUACCAUGCUUUCUAUCUCCUCUGAAAAUCUAUUUUCUGGAAGUAGGCUAUAUUGUCAUCCACCUAAUGAUGAGCCACUCACAUGGGAAAGUCUUAACUGACAAGCAGAAUAUAUUUCAUAUCUUCAGAAAGCACCAGAAGACUUCAGGAAAAAGCUGCAGCCCAAUUAUGAGAUGCACCUCAAAAUACACAUGUUGCACACGCCACAAUAAAAACACAGAAGCCAAACAUAGCCAAAAGCACAAAGCCAAACGACUGAAAACACGCAAGGAAAGGAACCAUGUACGAGGAUGCGAGGGAGAAGGGUCAAAGAUAAUAUCGCAACACCACCGUCUUCACCAAAACCAUAAAGAGAGGGACCACUGUCAGGGCUGCUGUCAAAGCAGCACUUGCCCUCCUUCACGCAAAGACGCGCCGUUUGCCCGAGUCUUCCCCUCCGCACAGGAGCCUAGCAUCAUCACAGACAGCCGUCUCACAGGGCACCACGGGCUGUUCAACCAUGAGGUGAAGUCCAUAGACAUCGAGCGCCUGCUGGGUGAACAGAGGAAGCUGGAAACGGGGCGGCGUUGGGGAGGGAAGAAGAACCACAGCGCGCCCCUACCCCUUGCUCUGAACUCUCCCAUUUUCCCCAUCUCUCCUGGGCCAGUUUGCAACACGGAGGAAGUUGGUGUUUGCAAAACCGACAAAGCUUCAGAUAACAAGAAGGCCGAAAGAGCCACAACUAGUACAAAAGUCCGGAGCAACUGCAAAUCUACAUUGGACAUCACAGCUUGCUCAAGUGGGGAUGCACAUGGAAUUGUACAAAACAAUAAUGCAUGUAUUCAGGUUUCUGUAGAAGAGGAGGGGAAUUUAGCCAGCCGUUCUAACAGCUAUGAAUCCGGCAUCACUCCAGGUCAGAGACAACGGGGCACUGUGACAUCAUCAGACUGCGACAUUGCUCUACUCUCAUCAACAGACAGCCCCUUCCACAUACCGGCAGUUGAAAGCAAAGAGGGAAGGCACGUGGUUCCUGAAACAGUUGGCAAAUAUCUACUGCAGAAGGAAAACUCAAGGCUCAAGGACACACAAGUGAAUGCCCUCAGUCAGAAGGAGACCCCUCAAAACAUUGGAUAUCUACAGCCUUGCACACAGUCAGACAGCCCCAGCCCCCAGCUAGCCCAGGCCUCCUUAAACAAACGGGUCAGUGCGAGCUCAGAGCCCCGGCAGACAGAUCAAGCGCGCAGGCCCAACCCUGUGAGCGCGGUGGCGGCUCGUCUCUGCAGGUCUCUGGAGCUGCCCCUUCUCAGUCGGAGACACCUGCUGGUGGAGAGCAGGGAGGUUCUUCUGCAGGCCCUCAGGGACAGGCAUGGCCCCCAGCUCCAGGAGAACCUCCUCAAGGUGCAGCGGCGUCUCAGCUUCGGUACCAGGCCCAUCCGGGAACCCCAGGGCCUGAGCAGCAGACCCCCUGCUGUUGAUCGGGUCAGUGGGACCCAACCAGCAGGUCAGUCUGGUUCCACAGAGACAGGCAUGGAGCAGUCUUCCAUUCUGGAGCCACAGAGACCACCAGGCCUCAAAAGGAGGAGGAAACAGCUGUGUCCGCUCAGGGUCUCUCCACCUCAGUCACAGAUGGACGGACAGUCACAGCAGGGGCAGGGCAUGUCAGUUCCAUGGGCUACCAACCACACUGUGGAGCAUGUAGGAGAUCUUUUUGGGGAGUUACUGAGACCGCCCGCCUCCUCCAGUUUUCAAAUGGACAUCCUGCCAUCUUGUGCCUCGUCGCCCCACCACAUGUUUGAUCCUCCCUCCGCCACACAGCGGGGGGGGCAAGCUUGUCCUCCUCGCUCCUGGGAUGAACACUUGACAAGGGGAGCGAGAGAGACAACGAGGAAGGAUUGCUUUGAUAUCUGGAGGUAUGACCUGGAUUUGAGCUUUCCCAACCAAACAGGAACAGUGAUAGAGAGAGGUGGGGGGCCUCAGUGGCAUGACAGGAGCAGGCAGUCUUCCGUGCAGAACCCUAUGUGGACACCAGAGGGCGAUCCUAAAGUGUUUCAAAAUCCUUUUGAACUUGACAGGAGCCGUCUACGUGCUUCCUCUUCUUCCUCAUCUGCUCCACCUCAACAUUCGUUAGAGAAUCGCCAGCUCCACCCUUUCUACCGCUUCAACCGACCCCCACCCAGCCCCACACCCGUGUCCCACUGUCCUGACAUGACCUGUUACCCCCCAUCCCAUAUGCUGGAGAGAGGCCUGUCCCCUUCCAGGGCCUUCCUGCCAGCCUUCCCCAGUCCAGAAAAAUGGUCCUUUCCCCCAAUGAGACUCUACUGAUUCCACAUCCACUAGACCCACCCACAGACAAACCUGUGCCCAGUGCUUAAACCAUUUUAUGUUGUGAGGGAAUACACCAUUCAUUUACACCAUCAAAACUUAUCGUUUACAAAUAACAAUACACCUUGUGUUCAUGUGAUGAAGUAUGCAGAAAUGAUUUCAAGGCCAAAGUAUUUUUCAUCUUUGUUAAAUGUAGUAAACAA